AUGGAAGCGGAAAUUAAGGCGCAAAUCCCGGGGAUAGAUCAAGUCAUCUCCGAGUAUGCUGCAGGAUAUCUGAACCAUGCUUCCACCCUGUACAAUGUCGAGUCAGAUACUAACGCCCAGUCGCCAUUGGAUGAAGCCGCUGAGGCCAUCACCGCUUUGCUAGUAUCUGCAUCUGGAGACUUCUCAGAUCAGAACACGGCCUCAGUCCACAACCUCGUGAACAAGUUCAUCUCAAAGCUCAAUGCCGCAAAUGGCGUCGACCCCGAGCGGAGGCAAAUGGCCCCAAAGACUCGGAAGCUCGACCAAGCUAUCCAGGUCGGAUCCCAACGUAAUAUCUCUUCUACCCUGGGACUGGCCGGUGGAAUAGUCGACCUAGAGUCUGCCAACAGCAGAAAAGUAGAGUCCCGAGUAGACAAAAAGAAGCUUCAAAAGGCAGAACAAAAGAUCCAGGCAAAGCAAGAUCGAAAGAUCAUGAAAAAUGUCGAAUAUGAAGCAUCUCGAUUACUGGAUCAGCCAGAUGAAGCCCAGUCGUAUGAGGAAUUCUUCAUGGCAGUCAAUCCUCUACAGCUGGGGAAUGACCAGGCCAAGAGCAAAGACAUUAAAGUGGAUGGGGUUGAUGUCUCUAUUGGUGGAAAGCGAAUAUUGACUGACACCACUCUCACAAUGGCCUUUGGCCGGCGUUACGGACUGGUGGGUCAGAACGGUAUCGGGAAGAGUACUCUGCUACGAGCUUUAAGUCGAAGAGAACUCGCUAUCCCUACCCAUAUCUCUAUACUUCACGUUGAGCAGGAGAUUACUGGAGACGACACACCCGCUCUGCAAGCAGUCCUCGAUGCGGAUGUAUGGCGAAAACAUCUUUUGGGUGAACAAGAAAAAAUCAGCAAGCAGCUUUCCGAGCUGGAGGCUGAACGGUCGUCGAUGGCAGACACAUCCACAGACGCCGAAAAGCUCGACAGACACAGAGAAGGUCUAGACACUACGCUCAGCGACAUUCACGCAAAGCUUUCUGAGAUGGAGUCGGACAAGGCUGAGUCUCGAGCUGCAAGCAUACUCGCAGGUCUAGGCUUCUCGGAAGAAAGGCAGCAUUAUGCCACCAAAACCUUCUCUGGAGGUUGGAGGAUGAGACUGGCGUUGGCCAGAGCGCUCUUCUGCGAGCCAGACCUGCUUCUCCUUGACGAACCGUCCAAUAUGUUGGACGUCCCCUCCAUUACCUUCCUCUCCAGCUACCUCCAAUCUUACCCAAGCACCCUCCUCGUCGUCUCCCAUGACCGAGCCUUUUUGAACGAAGUAGCAACCGACAUAGUUCACCAGCAUUCUGAACGCCUCGACUAUUACAAAGGCGCUGACUUCGACUCCUUCUACGCCACCAAAGAAGAGCGCCGCAAGACGGCCAAACGCGAGUAUGAAAACCAGAUGGCCCAGCGUGCCCAUCUGCAAGCAUUCAUCGACAAAUUCCGUUACAACGCUGCCAAGUCUUCGGAAGCUCAGUCUCGGAUCAAGAAACUCGAGAAGAUGCCCAUACUUGAAGCCCCAGAAAGCGAGUACACUGUCCACUUCAAGUUCCCCGAGGUGGAGAAGCUCUCGCCACCUAUCAUACAAAUGACCGGUGUCUCCUUCGGCUACUCACCCGAAAAACCCCUCCUCAGAAACAUAGACCUCGACGUCCAACUCGACUCCCGCAUCGGCAUCGUCGGCCCCAACGGCGCAGGUAAAACCACCGUCCUCAAACUCCUCAUCGGCCAACUCCAGCCCUCGGUCGGCCUCAUUUCCCAAAACCCUCGUCUGCGAGUUGGCUUCUUCGCCCAGCACCACGUCGACGCCCUUGACAUGAAUGCCAGCGCCGUCGGCUUCAUGGCGAAGAACUAUCCCGGUAAACAGGACGAAGAAUACCGACGCCACUUGGGCGCUUUCGGCAUCACCGGUACCACCGGCCUGCAGAAAAUGGCGCUGCUGUCUGGUGGUCAGAAAUCCCGAGUUGCGUUUGCGUGCUUGAGUCUUACGAAUCCGCAUAUCCUUGUUCUGGACGAACCGUCCAAUCACCUUGACAUCGAGGCCAUGGAUGCGCUGUCGAGUGCGCUGAGGGCGUUCCAAGGAGGCGUGCUCAUGGUCAGCCACGAUGUGACGAUGUUGCAGAAGGUGUGCUCGAGCCUAUGGGUGUGUGAUGGUGGGAGCGUGGAGCCGUUUCCCGGGGACGUAAAGGCUUACAAGAAGCGCAUCAUGGCGCAGGCGAACCAAGCUGGAGUCGUCCAGGCGCAGAAGUGA